CUGUUUUCCACCCUUCACACCACACAACAUAAUCAUCAUGCUUCGCCUGGUCUCAUCCAAGACUCCUCUUGCGCAGAUUGCUGCUCGCCAUGCACCAAAACUUCGUGCCCCUGCAUUCACUUCAAUGCCCCGCCUCUAUUCCACUUCUUCUGAGGAAUUGGACUUAGUUGUCAUAGGAGGUGGCCCCGGUGGUUACGUUGCUGCGAUCAAAGCAGCCCAGCUUGGCCUCAAGACAGCAUGUGUAGAGAAGCGUGGCGCACUCGGAGGCACCUGCUUAAACGUUGGGUGCAUCCCCUCCAAGGCCAUGUUGAAUAACUCUCAUAUCUACCAUCAGACCCAACAUGAUCUCAAGUCUCGCGGUAUUGAUGUUGGCAGCGUCUCCUUGAACCUUCCUGUCAUGUUGAAGGCCAAGACUACUGCUGUCACCGGUCUGACAAAGGGUAUUGAGGGUUUAUUCAAGAAGAACAAGGUCGCUUAUCACAAAGGAACUGGAAAGUUCUUGAGUGCUAAUGAGGUUGAAGUCACUGGUCUUGAUGGCAAUGUUUCCACUUUGAAGGCCAAGAACAUCUUGAUUGCUACCGGAUCAGUCCCUUCGCCUUUCCCCGGAAUUGAAGUUGAUGAGAAGCAAAUUGUAACAUCGACUGGCGCCUUGGAUCUUCAGGAAGUGCCCAAGAAAAUGGUCGUCAUUGGUGCUGGUGUCAUUGGCCUCGAGUUGGGAUCUGUUUGGCAGCGUCUUGGCGCUGAGGUUACCGUUGUCGAGUAUCUUGAUGCUAUCGGUGCUGGCAUGGAUAGCGAUAUGGCUAAAGCCUUCCACCGCACUCUCAGCAAACAAGGAUUCAAGUUCAAGAUGAGCACCAAGGUUCUUGGCACCGAGAAGCUUAGCGACGGCCGCGUCGGCGUCAAGGUUGAGCCUGCCAAGGGAGGGAAUCCUGAGACUUUGGAGGCCGAUGUCGUCUUGGUCUCAAUUGGUCGUAAGCCUUAUACUGAGGGCCUUGGCCUCGAGAACGUUGGCAUUCAAGUUGAUGAACGCGGACGCGUCCCCAUCGAUUCGGAAUUCCGCACAUCUGUCCCCAACAUUCGCUGCAUUGGAGAUGUCACCUAUGGAGCCAUGUUAGCCCACAAGGCUGAGGAAGAAGGUAUCGCCGCUGUCGAGUACAUUAAUGGAGGCCAUGGUCAUGUCAAUUACGAUGUUAUUCCAUCAGUCAUCUACACUCAUCCCGAGGUUGCUUGGUGUGGCAAGACUGAGGAUCAGCUCAAGAAGGAUGGCGUCGCCUACAACGUUGGAACCUUCCCCUUUGCUGCCAAUUCCCGUGCUCGUACCAACGCCGAUGCCGAAGGUAUGGUCAAGAUGAUCUCUGACAAGGAGACGGAUCGCAUCCUCGGCAUUCACAUCAUGGGCCCCAAUGCUGGAGAGAUGAUUGCUGAGGGCGUCUUGGCCAUGGAGUAUGGUGCCUCCUCUGAAGAUGUAGCCCGCACCUGUCACGCUCACCCCACUUUAUCUGAGGCUUUCAAGGAAGCAGCCAUGGCAGCCUAUGCCAAACCUAUUCACUUUUAAAUUGUUUGAUUUCCUUAGCGCUCCCCCGCUGGAUCUCUCACUUUUACAGCACAAAUUCACAAAUAUAGAAAAUAAAUGUCACUGAAA